AUGGCGGCGGCGGGGCUUCACUUCGUGCUCGUGCCGCUGGUGGCGCAGGGCCACAUCAUCCCGAUGGUGGACCUGGCGCGCCUCCUCGCCUGCCGCGGCGCGCGCGUCAGCGUGGUCACAACGCCCGUCAACGCCGUGCGCAACCGGGCCGUCGUCGACAGCGCGCGGCGGGCGGGGCUCGACGUCGAGCUCGCGGAGGUCGCGUUCCCCGGCCCGGGGCUCGGGCUGCCGGAGGGGGUGGAGAACGUCGACAUGGUGGUGGAGAAAGACCACUUCAUGCCCUUCUUCCAGGCCUUGUGGAAGAUGGACGAGCCGCUAGAAGAGUACGUGCGGUCGCUGCCCCGGCGUCCCGACUGCCUCAUCGCCGACACGUGCAACCCGUGGACGGCGGGGGUGUGCGCCCGCCACGGCAUUCCUCGCCUCAUGCUGCACUGCCCGUCCGCCUACUACCUCCUCGCCACGCACAGCCUGUCCACGCACGGCGUGUACGACCGCGUCGCCGACGACGAGAUGGAGACGUUCGAGGUACCGGACUUCCCCGUGCGCGCCGUCGGGAACAGGGCCACGUUCCGCGGCUUCUUCCAGUGGCCAGGAAUGGAGAACUACGAGCGCGACGUCGUCGAGGCCGAGGCCACCGCCGACGGCCUACUGAUCAACACGUUCCGCGACCUCGAGGGCGUCUUCAUCGAUCGCUACGCGGUGGCGCUGGGACGGAAAACGUGGGCCAUCGGGCCGACGUGCGCCUCUGGCGGCCUGGACGCGGACGCGAUGGCCGGCCGGGGCAACCGCGCGGACGUCGACGUCGGCCUCGUCCUGUCGUGGCUUGACGCCCGGCCGGCGUCGUCCGUGCUCUACAUCAGCUUCGGCAGCCUCGCGCAGCUGUCGCCGAAACAGGUCAUCGAGCUCGCCCGGGGCCUCGAGGCGUCCGAACGGCCGUUCGUGUGGGCCAUCAAGGAGGCCAAAUCCAACGCCGACGUGCAGGCGUGGCUCGCCGAGGGGUUCGAGGAGCGCGUCGCGGACAGGGGCCUCCUCGUCCGCGGGUGGGCGCCGCAGGUGACCAUCCUCUCGCACCCCGCGGUGGGCGGCUUCUUGUCCCACUGCGGGUGGAACGCCACGCUGGAAGCCAUCACCCACGGCGUGCCGGUGCUGACGUGGCCCUACGUUGCCGACCAGUUCUGCAGCGAGCGGCUGCUCGUCGAGGUCCUCGACGUCGGCGUCAGGUCCGGCGCCAAGCUGCCGCCCAUGAACCUACCGGAGGAGGCCGAGGGGGUGCAGGUGAGGAGCGCCGACGUGGAGAAGGCGGUGGCCGAGCUCAUGGACGUGGCCCCGGACGGGACGGCGAGGAGGGCGAGGGCCAAGGAGCUCGCCGCGAAGGCGAAGGCAGCCAUGGAGGAAGGCGGGUCGUCGUACGCCGAGUUGGACGACAUGUUGCGCCACGUCGCGGAGCUAAGCAUGAAGAAGAGCCACGAGGAGGACACGGGCGUGAGCACUCAGCCUUCUGCGCCACUGCUUGGAAGUAAGAACAAGGAGAACAUAGGAGCCGGCGCCGCCUUGUCAGUAGAGUCCUAA